UCAGCCAAUUGGAAACCAAACUUUGCAUUUCUAAUGGAAUGGUGUAACGCAGGACUCUAAAUCACAUAAGUGUUGGUUGAGAAAACGACACAGUGGUAUUGAAACUGAAGUAGUCCGUUAAUUUUGCUUUGGCUUCUAAUAAAAAGGCGUUAGGUUCAGAAGGUACCUGUAGCUGUCUUCCACUGGACCAGUCUUCAGCCAGAAAAACCCAAGACAUCUAAGAGAUGGAGAAAAGAGAACUAAAGGCUUCGGUUCCCAAAUUUGAAAAGAUCCCCUGGCUUUGUGAGGCCAGCCUCAGGAACAAGCCCCUGGUGCUCAGCCUCCCCAGAAGAUACCCUCAUGCCUCCGCCACUUCUCUGAAUUCAUGGAGGAAGGAUGUGAAUUUGCCAAAUACGUUUCAAGUUCCAAAUGGCUUAUCUAAGGCCAGGAGGAACCACAGAGGCCCCGUGCUGGGCAGGAGCCGGCAGCUGUGCUCCACAUGCCAGGAAGUGAAAAUGGUACAACCAAGAACUAUGAUGAUCCCAGAUGAACUGAAACAUUCCUUUGAGAAUUGUCUGAGUCAUAGACUGAAGAAUCUUCAGCCACCAAAAGCCCGGACUGAACCCAGGUGUUCCCCUGAUGACAUCUCCACAGAGAGCAUUCACUACAGACUGCCCCUGCUGGGCCCCCGGACAGGGGCCUUCCACGAACUGUUGUUGUCAGACUCCUACAAGGCUCUGCGGGGGAUACAGCUCUCUUCCUCACCCAGAAAGGAGCCCAUGGGCAAGACAAUGAGGCAGUGAGUGAUCAGUGCUCAACACUUUCCACUCUGGAGAGCAAACAACCUCACCAAGCCCGUCUCCUCAUCUCCUCCUGUCACCAAAACAAUGCGUCAAGUUUGCCUCCCUAAAAGUGGCUGGAAUCCUCUCUUGCCACCGUCUCACACACUUCUAAAGACGAUGGCUUUAUUUACACUAUUAUAAAGAUUUAGUGAUUAAA